CUUCGGCGGUUGGGAAUCUUUCUCGUUGAGCUUUCUGCCCCGUUCCUUCAAUUGUAGCAAGCUAUCAUCCUCUCAAUUUAUUUCAUGACUACAAUUCGCGCUUCUUGUUUGUCCAGCACGUCUUCAGAAAAGUCAAUUGGCGUUCAAGCUCGCCCAGCAUGGCAGCAAGUGACGCCUCGUCCGACUACUCACACCGGGAGUCACAUCUACCUCACCCAGAAAAGCAGAUCCCAGCCGUAGCUCCCCUCUCCCCCGAAGGCGACCCUCUCGAGCACGCAGCUACCUCCGUCAGCCACCAUGACAUGCCCGCCGCUACCUACGUCGUCACGGGAGACAGCGAUAUAAUCUACAACAAAUUCUCCCCGGCUCGCAAAACAACUAUUGUCCUUGCCAUGUCAUUUUGCGCAUUUCUGGCGCCGAUAUCGUCUACGACGGUGCUAUCUGCAGUACCCGAAGUUGCAGCAACGUACAAUUGUGACGGAGCAAUCAUCAAUUUGAGCAAUGCGAUUUACGUGUUAUUUAUGGGAUUGAGUCCAAUGUUCUGGGGACCUGUUUGCACAGUAUAUGGGAGGAGAUAUCCCUCCCUCAUUAGUGGCGGCCUCUUCUUUGCCUUCUCCGUUGGAACAGCUCUAGCGCCGAAUCUGGCAUCUUUCUUUAUAUUCCGGCUCCUGACGGGGUUUCAGGGGACGUCUUACCUGAUUAUUGGCACGAGUGCUAUUGGGGAUAUUUAUAAGCCCACCGAGCGAGGAACGGCCAUAGGGUGGUUCCUCACUGGUACUCUAGUCGGUCCAGCGAUUGGCCCUGUUCUAGGAGGCAUUAUCGUCACUUACCGCAGCUGGCGCGUGAUAUUCUGGCUGCAGACCGCCCUGGCUGGAGUUGGUUUCUGCCUCAUACUCAUCUUCUACCCUGAAACAAUCCACUACAAGCGCUCUGUCGAACUACAGGGACUCAGCAAAGGCCAGAAGGCGCAUAAAAUGUGGCAGUGGCUGAAUCCAUUCAGAAUCAUCCAGUUGUUUUGGUAUCCAAAUUUGCUUGGAACGGCCCUCGCCUCCUCCUCCCUAACCUGGAAUAUGUACUCCCUCCUCACCCCGAUCCGCUACGUGAUAAACCCCCGCUUCGCUCUUACUUCCCCUAUCACCUCCGGCCUCUUCUACCUCGCACCCGGCGGUGGGUACCUCCUCGGCACCUUCGUUGGCGGACGCUGGGCCGACCACAUCACGAAGAAAUGGGUCCGCGUCCGCGGCCGCCGCGUCCCCGAAGACCGACUUCGGUCCUGCAUUGUCUUCCUCGGAGGCGUCAUCCCUGCCUGCAUGCUGAUCUAUGGCUGGAGUCUCGAGAAGCGCGCCGGCGGGAUCCCCCUGCCCGUUAUCAUGAUGUUCGUGCAAGGGGUAGCGCAGCUUUUCUGCUUCCCAAGCCUGAAUACGUAUUGCUUAGAUGUUAUGCCGGGCAGGAGCGCCGAGGUGGUGGCGGGUAAUUAUAUGAUAAGGUAUUUGUUUGCGGCGCUCGGGACGGCGUUGUGCUUGCCGGCAAUUCGGGGCAUUGGGAUUGGCUGGAAUUGUACGAUUGCGGCACUGUUUUUGAUAGCAGCGGCGGCAGUGGUGGCGGCGAUUACGAAGUAUGGCAGUGGAUGGAGGGAGAGAAUAGAUCAGAGGAAGGUCGACAGGCAGGAGGCUGAUAAAGAGGCGCAGGUUGGCAGGGGAGGGGUGAUGGAGGAGGAGGAGGAAGAGCAUGAGAAGCCGGUUGAGGAGGUAGAGAAGGAGAGAGAAGGCGGUGAGGGAAAGGGUAAAGAGGUGGCAGUUGGUGGGGCGGAGAAGGGGACGUAGAGCUGAUUUGGGCCAGGUGGGUGCUAUAAAGCCAGUGAAUCACUGGUUUCUGGUGGUUCGAGAUGGAAAGACCAAAGGCGAAUGGCGUUUUCCGAGCAUGGUAUGAGGGGUUUGACGGCCAAGGAACUCUAGAACUCAGAAACGAAUAGUCUACGACCUCAUGAUUACGAUUCCCAAUGCAUACUCAAUUAUACUCAAACUUUCCAAUUUUCACAUUUCAAGGCGUC